GGCCACGACUGUACUGACGGACGAUGUAACAGAUACAGGUAUUAAGAGGCUAUGCUUUAGUUCUUUUCUCCAUCUAAUCUCUUAUUUUUUAUUGAACUCUGUUGACCAUUGUUUUCCACCAUCAUAUUUUUUUGCUCUGUCAACUUCUGUUCUUAUUAUGAUUCGUCUAAUCUUUUCUUUUUCUUUUUCCAAACGGAAUCCUUUUAAUUCAUCCUUUCAUUCUCUUGCCUGUUCAUCCAUUCUUCACCCUCACCCUGUUUUUCCUUCUCCAUCUGCCAACGUGGACACACUACACCACUCCAUACCGGAAACACUACUCUCCUCCUCUCCUGUGGAUGACUCCGCCGCUACUCCUACUCCUACUCCUACUCCACUACUCCACAGCUGGCUUUGUGAAGUCUCCCCUGUCUGAGACCAAACUAACAGGUGACACGUUUGAGUUGUACUGUGACGUGGUCGGUAACCCGACCCCAGAGGUCCAGUGGUGGUACGCCGAGAUCAACCGGGCCGACUCUUUCCGCCAGCUCUGGGACGGCGCCCGUAAACACCGCGUCUCCAUCAACACGGCGUACGGCUCCAACGGCGUGAGCGUUUUGGGCGUGACGCGUCUCGGCCUGGAGGAUGCCGGGACGUACGAGUGCCGGGCCAGUAAUGAUCCAAGGAGGAAUGAUCUGCACCAAAACCCUGCCACCACCUGGAUCCGAGCACAGGCCACCGUUACUGUGUUGCAGAAGCCGUCAAUCGACUCGUCGGACCAUAUCACGCUGCCAGUUGGUCACCACAGCCUGCCCCUCACCCUGCAGUGCAACCUAACUUCAGCCCACAGCACCCACACCGAGAGCUUCUGGAUGAAGAAUGGGGAGGAGAUCAAAGAGACCCGUGGACAGAGGGCCAACACCGAGUACUACCUGAAGAAGCCCAGAGGAGAGGAUGCAGGGGAGUACAUGUGUGUCUACACCUUUAAUAUGGCUCCGCCUGCUAACGCCACCAUCGAGAUUAAAGCUGGUCCUGACAUCACAGGCCACAAGCGUAGUGACAAUAAGAACGAGGGCCAGAAGGCCCUGCUCUACUGUAAGGCCACUGGCUACCCCUACCCUAUCUGGACCUGGCACAAACUGGACAAUGGGUUCUACAUGGACAUUGAAAACUCCUCCGGCCGUUUCUUCAUUAACAACAAAGACAACUACACUGAGCUGAGCAUCAUCAACCUGGACAUCGUCUCCGACCCGGGGGAGUAUCAGUGCAACGCCAGCAAUGUGAUCGGCACGUCGUCCGUGGUGUCUGUGCUGCGGGUCCGGAGCUACCUGGCCUGGCUUUGGCCUCUGCUGGGCGUCCUGGCCGAGGUCAUCAUCCUGGUCGUCAUCAUCGUGGUCUAUGAGAAACGCAAGAAGCCAGACGACAUACAAGACGAUGACGAACCAGCUGGACCAAUGAAAACUAACUCCACCAACAAUCACAAAGACAAGAACCUUCGUCAGAGGAACACAAACUGAGAACACUGAUAAUAACAUAUUAUACAUGUAUGUAUCGACCACAUGAAGGUAACCAGGAGAAGGAUUCAUAGAAAUGGGUUAAUAAGAAUUUAUCUGCCAAUCAAACGAUGUAGAGCUGAAGAGGAGGAGGAGCCUCUGUAAAUGUCUGUAUUGUAUGACGAGGCAUGCCUUCUGAUUGGAUUAUCUAGCUAUCGUGUGAUAAGGGUGAAGAAUGUGAUCAAUGAACGUGAUCCCAUAACAUUAUGAAUGAUUUACGAAGUGUCUAUGAAGCAUUAUAACCAUUGUUUGCUGCAUGCAGUUAUUGAUUGUCGCUGUUUAUUGAUUGUUUGAUUGAUUAUGUAUUCUUAUCAAAAUUCUUAUCAUUUUCCAAUUUUUACUUAAUUCUGAAGUAAUGCAUGCAAGGUAUUCUAACUUUCUGUUUGGUCCAGACAUGACAUGGCUUUUUGGCCUGCGUCCCAAAUGACACUGUAUUUCCCUAUAUAGUCCCCCCCCCCCCCCUCCCCCCUCCCCCCCGAAGGUCUCUGGUCAAAAGUACUGCACUCUAUAGGGUAGGAGUAUUCAAAUCUUAUCAUACGAGGUAUGUAGAACUGAUGUUUAUUCUGUUCUACCUGUUAACACCUAACUGGUGUUCCAGGUGUAAACCAGGCCCGGAUUAAAGAAACAGGAGUGGAAAUGUUUUCAAAGUCCAGAUUUGAAUGUGAAUGGUAUAGAAUAGGGUGUCACUUGGGACUCAGACUUGUUUUUUGUUUACUUCGAUAGAUAAUCACUAUUUGUGCUAAAGACUUUGCAAUGUAAAAAGGGAGGGAAAAAAACGCCACCAAUUAUAAUCUGGUAUGACAGUAGAUCUGUACAGUUUAUCAUUCUGCUGAAUACCAUUUUAUAAAUCGGUUACUUAUUUAUUCAUAUUUUAUCAGAUUAUUUCUGGUUUCACAUUUUAGUAAGGGCUUUGCAAUGUCUUUUGAAUUUGAUUGAAAAUUCCUAUAUUUAACAUGUACUGUAUGUAUGUAUCCAACCACCUUAUAUAACCAUACAUGUAGUAAUAUGAAGGAUAUUCAUUCAUGAGAUGCACUUACAUUUUGAAAAAAUAAUGGAAAUUAAAAAAAAUCUCUAUAAAGUUAAUUUAGUAUGUAAUUGUAACAACUCCUCCUAAUCCUUCUAACUGCUGUGUUUGACUGAACUAAAGUGUGUAUUGUGUAUAGCAUGGCUAUUAUCCUAUGCAAUAAUAAUCAAUAUUGAUAUUAAUAUAUACAAAUCCCUCUUAGCAGCUUUUAGAUUCUCUAAUCAUCUCUAGAGCUUUGAUAGAUAGCGUACUGGAUAGCUAGCUGUAUGGUGAUCUAUAAUCAUCUCUAGAGCUUUGAUAGAUAGCGUACUGGAUAGCUAGCUGUAUGGUGAUCUAUAAUCAUAUUUAGAGCUUUGAUAGAUAGCGUACUGGAUAGCUAGCUGUAUGGUGAUCUAUAAUCAUAUUUAGAGCUUUGAUAGAUAUCGUACUGGAUAGCUAGCUGUAUGGUGAUCUAUAAUCAUAUUUAGAGCUUUGAUAGAUAGCGUACUGGAUAGCUAGCUGUAUGGUGAUCUAUAAUCAUAUUUAGAGCUUUGAUAGAUAGCGUACUGGAUAGCUAGCUGUAUGGUGAUCUAUAAUCAUAUUUAGAGCUUUGAUAGAUAGCGUACUGGAUAGCUAGCUGUAUGGUGAUCUAUAAUCAUAUUUAGAGCUUUGAUAGAUAGCGUACUGGAUAGCUAGCUGUAUGGUGAUCUAUAAUCAUAUUUAGAGCUUUGAUAGAUAGCGUACUGGAUAGCGUGUUGAUCUCUAUAGAUGAUAAUGUUAUACAGUAUAUCUAGAAGUUGGAGCUAGGUAGGAGGCAGUGGAACAACAGGAACUAUGUUAUGUAUGUCAAGAUUGACACUUGUAAAGCAAUCCCCAAAUCAAUCCCAAGUCAUUUUUAAGAAUAAAAACCU